AUGCCUCCACCGUCCUUCUCAUCAACCCACACCCGGUCCUCUCCCCUGUCCUCCUUCCUCACCCUCCUCCGUUCCUCGCUCUCCUGUCUCACACCCUCUCAACCCCCCACACCUCCCCACUUCCCUCUUAUCCUCCUCCUCCUCCUCUUCCUCUCCCUCUCCCUGGGCAGUUUGUUUCUGGCUGCCCCUUCCUCCUCCGCCUCCUCUCCUGCAGCCUCUGAUUUUCUUUCUGCCGCCAACGCACGGGCACCUGACUUGGCAGUAAGAGGGAUGGCAGCAGCAGCGGCGGCAGCAGCGGGAGGGGCGGGGGCAGUGGUGGCGGAUGAGAGAGCGGGUGAUGCAGUCGUGGUGUAUAUCACUGUACCCAACAAGGAAACAGGGCAGAAGCUUGCAGCAUCGCUGGUGGGAGCAAAGCUAGCCGCGUGUGUGAACCGAGUCCCUGGAGUCGAGUCAACCUAUUGGUGGGAGGGAAAGAUUGAGACUGAUAACGAGGAGCUGCUUAUAGUGAAGACACGGCGUGCCUUACUGCCGUCCAUUCAAGAGCAUCUCAAGGGGAACCAUCCGUACGAUGUGCCUGAGCUCAUAGCGCUCCCGAUUGUGGGCGGCAGUGAAGCGUACCUCAAGUGGUUGCAUGACAACGCACCUGUGCCGCCAAUGCAGCCGCCUGCUUAG